AUGUCUCGCUUCAUUUUUAUUCUACAGCUAUACUUUUGCAUAAUUCUUUCAAAGGCUGUGGCUCAAGACGGUGAAGAAAGUCGAGCCAUUGUUUUCAAAGAACCAAUACGGAACAAAGUCAUGGAGGGGCACUUAAUCAGGCUUAUAGAGGUACCCCACCAAGGGAGCUGUAAUGUGCUAUGCUAUAUGGAGCCCAGUUGUGUGUCCAUAAAUUUGGGGCCUUCGCAAGGAGGCAACUACAUUUGUGAGUUGAACAAUGCUUCAGACGAAAGUCCAGGCUCAUCCGAUCUUCAGAGUAAACAAGAUUAUAUCCAUCUAAGCAUCGAGAAUCCAUGCAGCAGCAGUCCCUGUUUCAACAAUGGCACAUGUCAAGCUGGAUACACUGAUAAAGGAUUUCGUUGUAAAUGUCCUUCAGGGUUUACCGGCGCAUACGUUGUCAGAGCAGAAACAAGCAACCUUAACGAGACAAUGUUCCGUAAGAGCUGGGACGUAAAGGAAUCCAUUGGUCAAUACGCCCAAGUCAGACUAGUUGAUAAGAGUUCUGGUGAUUGGGGUCACAUCAAAUUUGAUGAACUUAAAGGAGAUAUCAUUUGUCCUCACUAUUUAGACGAAAACAACUGAAGAGAGAGUAAGGGCACAAAGGAUAAGCGUUUUUCAGGUUUUCACUUACAGAUAGUCACCUUUGGUUUGUUUGUGUCAGCCAAACAAGCGCACCACACACAAAAUGAAAUAGAACAAAAAAAAAAUAACAAGACUGAAACCUAGAAAUUUAAAGAAACCGGAAACAAUAACAAUAACUAAAAAUGCAAACAAAUCAUUAAACAGCAUUUAAACCCUCAAAACGCUUUAUAAAUCGUUAGAAAGCAUUCACACCCAUACAGUAAACCAAGAAGAAAGAAAGACACGUAAGAACCGAGAAAAAAUGGGACACAAACAAAGGAAAUAAACAAACAUUUAAACCAUUUUUACCUGGAUGAACCUUAUUUUAUGACGUAAGAAUGGCACCGUUGACUACAAAUUUUCUAAACCUGAA